AUGUCCUUGGUUGUAACGAACGACCAAAGGCGCGCCCUCAGUGCAUUAUUGGAUACGGUGGGGAAAGACGUGUAGAUUGGAAGAACGCGUGGACUUGGCGACGUCGCCAGAGCAAAAGAGAAAGAGAACGAAGAGCUUUACGUAGGAUAAUGCCCGAGGAAUGCGCAUUUCCUGCGGACCGAAUCAAUUGUGUAUGUGUGUAUGCCAAGUUACCUCACGAGGGCCUUUUCCAGGCCAAUGUUUUCGCAAUUGGGAAGAUCACCUUUUAAUAUGUUGGCAUUUAGAUGGUGGAUCUGUUCAUCCAACAACUGUCACAGAAUUCCCUGUUAACUUUUAUCCGACUGAUAUGCAGUGGCAUCCUCGCUCCAUACAAAACAAUGGAACAAGUAUAAAGAAACAAUCACAUGAUAUUCUUCUAAUUACGACCGCUGAUGGAAAAUUCCAUUUAAUAAAUAAAAAUGGUCGUAUAGAAAAAAGUGUUGAUGCCCACAAAGGAGCUGUAUUAAGUGGAAAAUGGAAUUAUGAUGGUUCAGCAUUAUUAACUGCUGGUGAAGAUGGAUUUGUCAAAAUUUGGUCAAAAAGUGGAAUGUUGCGAUCGACUGCGGUUCGUGAAUCGUUACCAAUUUUUGCAAUCAGUUGGAGCCCAAAUUGUAAUACUAUUUUAUAUUCCCAAGGUUCACAGUUAUCUCUCCAAGCUCUCAAUUUUAAUUCAAAACCUCGAAAGUGGCAUGCCCAUGAAGGGUUAGUUCUAUCUGUAUCAUGGAAUAGAGAUAAUAAUUUAAUAAUAUCAGGUGGUGAAGACUGUCGUUACAAGGUUUGGGAUGACAACGGUAAUCAAUUAUUCAGUAGUGCAGCUACUGAAUAUCCUGUAACGUGUGUUAAUUGGUGCCCAAACGGUAAAUAUUUUGCGGUUGGAUCCUACAAUACAAUUAAAUUAUGUGAUAAAACCGGUUGGUCGUAUUCAUUGGAAAAAGUAAAUACCGGUAGUAUCUAUAGCAUCUCUUGGUCUAAUGACAGUACUCAAGUUGCUAUGGCCUGUGGAAAUAGCAGUGUUUUAAUAGCUCAUGUUAUAGACAGGAGGCUCGAGUGGAAUAAUUAUGAAGCUAUUUUAAUAAAACGAAAAAAAAUUCAAAUAAAAGACAUUAUCAAUAACUCUCAAGAAAUACUUGACAUAGCUGAUAAAGUUGUUCAUUUAGAAUUUGCAUUUGAUCAUUUAGUUGUCAUUACGACGAACCAAUGUCAUAUUUAUUCUUCAACUAAUUGGAAUACACCGGUCAUAUUUGAUUUAAAAAAUUCCUCAAUAUCUGCUGUCAUUCUUGCUGAGAAACAUUUUCUCUUAAUCGACUGGAAUUCAAUGACAUUGUAUAAUUAUCAAGGACGUUUGUUAAGUGUACCAAAGUGGAGAGGAAUGACACAAGAGCCACUUUAUCCUCCCUGUAUUGCCCUUUGUUCUGACACCUUGGUUGUGAGAGACCAAACCAACGAAAAAUUGUUACACAUUCUUGAAAUUUCCCACAAUAAACCAAUAACUGAAGCACAACCGCAUUCUCAUACAUGUAACAUCAGUGAAGUGGCAAUCAAUUAUGCUGGAGGACCUCAUGAACGUCAAUUAGCUUUUAUAGAUAUCAAUAGAGAUUUGUUUUUGAUAACUAUUAAAGCGAGUGGUUUUGGAAAGCUUUGUAAAAUAGCUGCAAUGACUCAAAGUAUUGCGUGGGCAAUAGAUUCAAAUAUUCUAACAGCAGUACUAGAUGCUACUCUUACUAUCUGGCUUUGUCCAAGUUGCGUUCAUUACAGUGAUCGAAAAAUGAUUAGAAAGACCCGCAUAGAUAAAGAAAUCAACGAGUUUGGUAAACAACCGCAUAUCGUUAAUGUUAAAAAUGGUACAGUAACAAUACGGCGUGGAGAUGGUGCAUUAAUGUUGAUUUCAUUUUACACAUUUUUCACAACAUUGCAUCAAUAUAUCAUGGAUAGUAAAUGGCAAGAAGCUCUAUCUCUAUGUCGUAUUGCGCAGAAUGAAACUCUUUGGACUUGUAUGGCAGUAAUGGCAACGGAAAAUAAACAAUUAAACGCCGCUGAAGAAGCAUAUGCUGCAAUUGCAAGAUAUGAUAAAGUUGAUUAUAUUCAAUAUAUACAAAAAAUCGAUAACAAAAUUAUAAAAUUGGCAGAAAUGUCUUUACUUUCGGGUGAUUUAUUAACAGCAGAAGGAAUUCUUCUGCAACAUGGUUUCAUUGAUGAAGCAAUACAAAUGAAUCUUCAAAUGUAUAACUGGAAUCGAGCUUUAGAACUCGUCCUAAGACAUAAAAAACCGACUGAAAAGAUUCUUGAAGCGCGAAAAAAGUACCUGUUACUUUUAAAUAAAGAAGAAACAAAUGCUAGUUAUUUAAAUUUAAUGAAUAAAAACGCUCAAUCUGCUCAAUCAAAUAACGCCAUCACAGAACCAGAGAUAAUAGAAACUAAGAAAGAUGACGAAAUUAUUGACGAUUAAAAUACUAAAACUCGUAUAAGUAUUACUAGAGCGCCAAUAAAAAUUGUAACCAGAACAGUAAGUGAUACAAUAUUUU